GGAGGAGCCGUUAGAAAAUGGCCGCCGCGCCGAGCGGAGAGGAGAGAUUGGAGGAAAAGACGGAAGAUUUAGAUCAGGGGAAACCACCAAAACUCAGGAAAGUUAAAAAGGAAAAAAAGAUUGAUGAAGACAAAGCUGAAGAAGCCCACCCAUCAGCGCAGCCGGCAGAGGAGCCUGGUGAAAUGGGAAAAGCAGAGGUACCAGAGAGCACAAAGGCUGCACCUGCGGUGCCUGAAGCCUCUGCCUCCCCAAAGCAAAGGCGCUCUGUUAUUAGAGAUAGGGGCCCUAUGUACGAAGACCCCACUCUUCCUGAAGGCUGGACUAGAAAACUAAAACAAAGAAAGUCUGGACGAUCUGCUGGGAAAUAUGACGUCUAUUUGAUAAACCCAACUGGUAAAGCUUUUCGGUCCAAAGUUGAGCUUGUAGCAUACUUCGAAAAGGUAGGAGACACAACCCUUGAUCCAAAUGAUUUUGACUUUACGGUCACUGGGAGAGGAAGCCCAUCUCGGAGGGAGCAAAAACAGCCGAAGAAACCCAAAGCUCCUAAACUUGGUGGAACAGGUAGAGGCAGAGGAAGACCCAAAGGAAGUGUGAAAGCAAAGCCGGGCUUGAAGUUAGAGGGCGUCCAGGUUAAACGCGUCGUGGAAAAGAGUCCAGGAAAGCUUCUGGUGAAUAUUCCUUUUUCCGAAAAUAAGGAAGAACCAGAUGCAACAACAUCGGAGCAGGUCCUUGUUAUCAAACGUCCAGGACGUAAAAGAAAAUUUGAAACUGAUCCUCCCGUAGCACCAAAAAAACGGGGCCGUAAGCCAGGCAGCGGCAUUGCUGCUGCUGCUGCUGCUGCAGCAGCAGCAGCUGUAGAGGCUGCGAAGAAAAAAGCAAUCAAAGAGUCUUCCAUCAAGCCGCUCUUAGAGACCGUAUUACCAAUAAAGAAACGCAAGACACGGGAAACUGUGAGUGUAGAUGUUACGGACACAGAGACCCAGGAGUAUCCUUCCACCAUUCUAGAAAAAAGUGUUAAAAUACCUGCGAAAAGCCCAGAAAGUAAAAGUAAAGAAAGUAGUCCCAAUAUCAGGAGCAUCCUCCCGAAAAAGGAACAACAGCACCAUCACCAUCAUCACCACCACCACCACUCCGAAUCAAAAGCAUCUACUACCAACCCGGAGCCAGAGACUUCAAAGGACAGCAUAAGUGCCCAAGAGCCACAGGACUUGAGUGUCAAAAUUUGCAAAGAUGAGAAAAUCCCAGAAAAUGACGGAUGUGCUCAGGAGGCACCUAAGACUCAGCCUGCAGAUAAGUGCAGAAACCGAGGGGAAGGUGAACGAAAAGACAUUGUUUCUUCAUCUGUACAAAGGCCGACGAGGGAGGAGCCGGUGGAUACGAGAACACCAGUGACGGAGAGAGUUAGCUGACUUUAAGAAGUUUGACAAAAACAGUUUAAAAAAAAUAUAUAUAUAUAUAUAAAGGCAGCUGUUGUCUUUUCUCCUCGUGGGUAGGGCUCUGACAAAGCUUCCCUAUAAAUGAAGUACAGAAAAAGUCUAUUUUUUCCUCCUGUUGCUUGGAGUUUCGUAGCUUCGGGUGGGAGUAAAUGUCGAAUGUGGAUCUUUUUAAUACCGACGAGCACAGUCAGGCAGGGGGUGAAGACUUUUCGACAGAGCCAGAAGCAGCUUUGCACUUUUUUUUUUUAUACUAAAUAGGCUCCUUUUGAUCAUGGCUUACUCUGCAUCAUACUACUGACCAAGGUGGGCUUGUCUCCUUUUAACUUUUUAGGUAUGGCAACUUAAGCUUUGCUCCUGUUUAGCAUACGUAAACUCCCCGUGCCAUCCCUAGUGGGGUUCACUUUGUUGCAGAUUAGUGUCUCAGUCUCUUAACAUGUGAUCGGACCUAUAGACGGGCGACGUAAUCCAUACCCCAGUAUUGCCAAAUGAUCCUUUCCCAUGCACUGAGAAAAGUUUUAAAGUUGUUUUACCGAGUAAUUUAUGAAGUAACCCCUUCCCUUUUUUUUUUUUUGUUCACGGUGACAUGUGGUUUUUAUCGUACAAGCAGUUCAUGUAUAUAUGUUAUUUUUUUUUAUUUUUUAGCACACUUGGUUACAUAGUUAGUCAUGCUGAACUACAUGGGGACUGGUGUGACCCCCCCCUCCAACAACUGCUUUGGGUAUAGAUAUUUCCCAGGAAACCCUAGCAUCUCAUACCCAAAAUCUCUGCAUAGUCCACGCUACAGAUGACGCUCUGCAAUAAGUUCUGUCGGCAGUUGGAAAAUGUGAAGAGAACGCAGAAUGCACUUAUACUAACCCGUAGGCACACAUGCAUCUGUACGUUCAGAUCUGAUAAGGAAAAUGACCUGUUCUUCCAGUUAACGUAGCAGAAGUCGCUUUUUUUUUUCUCUCUCUAGUAAUAAUCAAUAUUGCACUGCUCUUCUCACCCACACAAUCAAAAUCACCGCUGACGAGGAUGAAGGCAUGAAGCUAGGGAUUUUUUUAGUUUUAGUUUUUUUUAUUUUCUGCAAGUUUUAUGUAGAUACAACUGAAUUUUAUUAUUAUAAUA